GCCAGGCCAGUAGAUGGCUUAACAGAAAAUAUCUGUCAAAGACCAUAUUUGCAAUGGUAGAAAGUAAGGAAGGUAAACACGUAGUGAUGUUCCCUUACAUGGCGCAGGGCCAUUUCAUUCCCUUCCUCCGCUUGGCUAAACUUCUUACAUACCGAGGCCUCACCGUUAGUUUCCUCACCACAAAUGCCAAUGCCUCCAAAUUGCAAUCGCAGGCAAUCGGAUCCUCUAUUCGUUUCGUUUCUCUUUCUCUCCCGCCCAUCCAUGGCCUUCCACCUGCCUGCGAAAGUACUGAUACGCUUUCCUUCACCGAGGCCCAGUUUCUGUUUGUCUCUACGCACAAACUUUCCCAGCCGUUUGAAGAAUGGUUGAAGGAAGUCAUGGUAGAGCCCUCGCAGAAGCCCACCUGUAUCAUAAGCGACGUUUUCUUACCCUGGACAGCACAGUCGGCUUCCAAAUUUGGAAUCCCGCGUGUUGUCUUCCACACCACAGGAGCCAUGGCGGCUUCUCUUCUGCAAUAUUUCUUCACCAAUCCAGUCUCGGAUAUAAUUGGUGAUCGCCAAAUCAUAGAGAUUCGCGAUCACUGUAUUAAUGUGAAUCUGAGGCGUUCGCAGUUGCCUCAGCUGCUGAGAAGCGAAUCAAGCGCGUUGUUUAUUUCUCUUUACCCUGGGGAUAUCUCAAUUCAGCAGGCAUAUGCCUCAGCCAAAGAAAGCUCUGCUGCAACGCUUGUCAAUACUUUUGAUGGGGUCGAAGCAGAAUAUGUUGGGUAUUUAGAGGAAUCCACGGGUAAGCCCGUUUGGGGUGUAGCGAAUCCUCUACAUACACCCCAACAUGGGAUCGAUAAUGAAUCAGAGUGUAUCCGUUGGCUGGACACCCAGAAGCAAAAAUCCGUCCUUUACGUCUCGUUUGGAUCUCAGGCCUUUCUUUCGGAAGAGCAAACGAAAGCCCUCGCCAGAGGCAUAGCAGCCAGUAAACAGUGUUUCAUUUGGACGAUUAAAGACCCAGUUGGAAGCCACAUUAAUUCCUGUGAUUUUCUUCCCGAGGGUUUCAUCAAAGAAACGAAAGACAGAGGAAUGGUAAUCCAUGGGUGGGUGCCUCAGCUGCUCAUUCUGUCACAUCCUGCGACUGCGUUUUUCAUGACGCACUGUGGUUGGAAUUCUACAUUAGAGAGUAUAAGUGCUGGAGUUCCGAUGGUGGUCUGGCCCAUGGGCUUCGAUCAAUUUAUUAACGCCAAAUUGGUCACUGAGCAUUUGGGUCUCGGAGUGCAGAUCUGUGAGGGAUUAGAUGCCAUUCCCAGGAGUGAUAUUGUGGAAAACACAGUGAAGGCAGCCAUGACAACGGAAAUUGGGGAAGACAUGCGUCUACGGGCCCUGAAAAUCAAGGAAUCCAUUAAUGAAGCGUCCCGCAAGUUAAGUGGUAUGGAAGGUUUUGUAUCUUAUGUACUCAGCCUCUGCUGAACAUUGUGUUCACAUGUAAUGUUUUGAAACCCCGUUUCUUUAGAUUUUUGCAUGAUCGUGGAUUACAGUUUGAAGAGCUUCAGGAAAUGGAUUAUUAGCUGAAGAAAAUUAGAGUCUCAGAAAAAGAGUGUGUAUCUGUAAUUAUAUUGUUUAGAGUGUAUAAUGUAUAAUUAUGAAAGUAUUUGAAAAUAAAUUAUAUAGUUUUUUUUAA